AUGUCCAAUCAGACAACAGUGACUCAAUUCAUCCUCAGGGGAUUUUCAGAUGUCCCCAAACUUAAAUUUGCAAUGAUAUUCUUUUUCUUCUUUGUUUACAUGUUUGGCCUACUGGGGAAUAUCUCCAUUGUCACAGCUGUGAUUACAGAAAGCCGGCUCCAUUCCCCUAUGUACUUCUUUCUGAAGAAUUUAUCUUUUCUAGAUAUGUGCUAUAUCUCAGUCACCAUCCCUAAGGCAUUAAUUAUCUCCUUCAUGGACACUGGGGUUAUCUCCUACUUUGAGUGUGUAGCUCAGCUUUACAUAUUUGUUACACUUUGUGCCACUGAAUGCUUUCUUCUCACAGCAAUGGCUUAUGACCGGUGCUUGGCCAUCCUUAAGCCCCUGCUCUAUGGGAUAACGAUGAGCCAUAAGUUUUGUUCUGAACUGGUUGCCAUGGCCUGGGUAUGUGGGGCCAUCUACUCAGCCUUCCACACUUUCAACACCUUCUCCCUGUCCUUCUGCGGGCCCAAUGUUAUUGAACAUUUCUUCUGUGACAUCCCUCCCAUCAUGAGACUUUCCUGUACCAAUUAUCACAUCAACGAGGUGGUGGGCUUUUCCUUUAGCAGCUGCAUCAUCAUGAGCUCCUUUGCCCUCACAGUUCUCUCCUAUGUGGGCAUCAUCUCUGCAAUGGUUCAGAUGCCCUCUGUGGAUGGCAGGUGGAAAGCCUUCUCUACCUGCACCUCUCACCUGACCACAGUCUUUUUGUUUUAUGGAACUGGAGUUUUCACAUAUUUGAGGCCUGCCUCUCAGUACUCUCCAAUCCAAGGUCGCCUGGCAUCCAUUUUCUACUCCAUUAUCACACCCUCUUUGAAUCCUGUUGUCUAUUGUCUGAGGAACAAAGAUAUGAAAAUAGCACUACAGAAGCUUUACUGUCAAAGGAAGAGAUACAUCCGAGAAUAA